AAUGUACAGUGUGCAAAGAAUCUUUCACUCAAAAGAACAUUCUUUUGGUUCAUUAUAACUCAGUGUCUCAUUUGCAUAAACUCAAAAAGGUGUUGCAGGAAGCAUCCAGUCCAGUCCCUCAAGAAGCUAACAGCAGCACUGACAACAAACCCUACAAAUGCAGCAUUUGCAAUGUUUCUUAUAGCCAAAGUUCUACACUGGAAAUUCAUAUGAGAUCUGUGCUUCAUCAAACUAAGGCAAGGGCUGCAAAAUUAGAACCAAGUAGUAAUGCAAUGAGUGGAAACAGCAUAACAGGAAAUGUUAAUAGCCCCAGCCAGGGGAUGGUAGAUCCUACAAUAUUACCAGCAGUUAACAGCAAGGAAACCCACAUAGAUGCCAAAGAAUUAAAUAAAAAGCAAGUUUCUGAAUUAGUUUCUGCUCAGCCUACACAUCAUCCUCCCCAGUCACCAGCACAACUGCAGAUGCAACUCCAGCAUGAAUUGCAACAGCAAGCAGCUUUCUUUCAACCCCAGUUCCUAAAUCCAGCAUUUUUGCCACAUUUUCCUAUGACGCCAGAGGCGCUAUUGCAGUUUCAGCAGCCACAGUUUCUUUUUCCAUUCUAUAUUCCUGGGACAGAAUUCAGUUUGAGUCCUGAUCUUGGUUUGCCUGGUUCUACUGCAUUUGGUAUGCCUGGCAUGGCGGGUAUGGCAGGCUCACUGCUAGAAGACCUGAAGCAGCAGAUGCAAACUCAGCACCAUGUCGGUCAGACGCAGCUACAGAUACUACAGCAGCAAGCACAACAGUAUCAAGCGACGCCACCUCCAAUCCAGACACAAAAGCAACAGCAAACCAAUAAGUUAGUGAAAACAGAGCAGAACAGUGCAGUAAGUGCUGAGUGCCAGAUGAUGAAGGAUACACCACCAUAUAAGGAAUCGGAAGAGAUUUCAGAGAAACAAGAAAAACCAAAGCAAGAAUUCACAAGUGAUAGCGAAGGACUGAAAGAAAACAAAGAUAUAAAGAAGCAGAAGUCCUCUGAACCAACCAUUCCACCACCUAGAAUUGCUUCUGGGGCAAGAGGAAAUGCAGCCAAGGCAUUGUUGGAAAACUUUGGCUUUGAGCUGGUUAUUCAAUAUAAUGAGAAUAGACAGAAAGUACAGAAAAAAAAUAAAACUGGUGAUUGCGAAAAUACUGACAAAUUGGAAUGUGCAGCAUGCAGUAAAUUAUUUUCCAACAUUCUAAUAUUAAAGAGCCACCAAGAACAUGUUCAUGGACAGUUCUUUCCAUAUGGUGCAUUAGAAAAGUUUGCCCGUCAAUACAGGGAGGCUUAUGACAAGCUUUAUCCUAUUUCACCAUCUUCUCCAGAACCACCACCACCUCCUCCUCCACCUCUGCCUCCACCUCCGACUUCUUCACAACCUUCUUCAUCCAGUUCUGGAAAGAUUCAAAGCAUUACUCCUACUCCUUUGCAGGCUCCACCACCAACACCGCCUCCUCCACCGCCACCGCCACCACCACCUCCUCCUCCACCACCACCUUCUGCACCACCACCAGUGCAGCUGCCAGUUUCAUUAGAUCUUCCACUUUUCCCUCCAAUUAUGAUGCAGCCAGUGCAACACCCAGGAUUGCCUCCUCAACUUGCCCUCCAGCUACCACCAAUGGAUGCGUUGUCUGCAGAUCUUACUCAGCUUUGUCAGCAACAGUUAGGAUUAGAUCCAAAUUUCCUACGGCAUUCUCAGUUCAAGCGACCACGUACAAGAAUCACUGAUGACCAAUUAAAAAUAUUGAGGGCAUAUUUUGAUAUUAAUAAUUCACCAAGUGAAGAACAGAUUCAAGAAAUGGCUGAGAAAUCUGGCCUUUCCCAAAAGGUUAUCAAACACUGGUUUCGAAAUACCCUAUUUAAGGAGCGACAAAGAAACAAGGAUUCCCCAUAUAAUUUUAGCAAUCCUCCAAUAACAGUUUUGGAAGAUAUAAGAAUUGAACCACAGCCAAGUUCUUUAGAGCAUUACAAAUCUGAUUCAGCGUUUAGCAAGCGAUCAUCUAGAACUAGAUUUACUGACUACCAGCUCAGAGUCUUGCAGGAUUUUUUUGACACAAAUGCUUAUCCAAAAGAUGAUGAAAUUGAACAACUUUCAACUGUACUUAACCUACCUACUCGAGUUAUCGUUGUAUGGUUCCAAAAUGCACGACAGAAGGCUCGUAAAAGUUAUGAGAAUCAAGCUGAAACUAAAGAUACUGAGAAGAGGGAGCUCACCAAUGAGAGGUACAUUCGGACUAGCAACAUGCAAUAUCAAUGUAAAAAAUGUAGCGUAGUUUUUCCUAGGAUCUUUGACUUAAUUACACAUCAGAAAAAGCUGUGUUAUAAAGAUGAAGAUGAUGAUGCACAAGAUGAAAGUCAAACCGAAGAUUCAAUGGAUGCUACAGAUCAAAUGCUUUACAAGAAUUGCACAGUUUCUGGCCCAUCUGAUUCAUCAAAAGGUAUGGCUUUAACAACAGUAAGCUCUGGAUCAGGUUCCAGUACUCCUUUGAUGCCAUCACCCAAACCUGAACCUGGAAAAACCUCUCCUAAACCUGAGUCAACAGAAAAGCCAAAGCAAAAUGAUACCAUACCUAAGCAAGUGGAGGCUUCCUCCCAAGGCAACAAAUCAGUGCAGCCUGCACCAACCACCUCCUCUGAUCCACAGCCCUCAGCUUCUCAAACACAGCAACAGAAACAAUCCCAAAUAGGAGGCAGACCACCUUCUGCAUCACAGACAACCCCUGUUCCCUCUAGCCCUUUAGCAAUCCAAAUGACGCCUCUUCAGAACAGUCUACCUCCUCAGUUACUACAGUACCCAUGUGACCAGUGUACGGUUGCCUUUCCCACUAUAGAACUUUGGCAAGAGCACCAGCACAUGCAUUUCUUAGCAGCCCAAAAUCAGUUCCUUCAUUCCCAGUUUUUAGAAAGGCCUAUGGAUAUGCCCUAUAUGAUAUUUGAUCCAAAUAACCCUCUGAUGACUGGACAAUUGCUGAGCAGUUCUUUAGCUCAGGUGGCACCCCAAGUGAGCUCAGCUCAUACAGCUCACCAUGCUGCUUCAAUUCCUGGCUCACUUAAACGAAAACUGGAUGAUAAGGAAGAUAACAACUGUAGUGAAAAAGAGGGGGGAAACAGUGGUGAGGACCAGCAUCGGGAUAAGCGAUUGAGAACUACAAUUACUCCAGAGCAACUGGAAAUACUCUACGAAAAAUACCUUUUAGAUUCCAAUCCUACCAGAAAAAUGCUAGAUCACAUCGCACGUGAAGUAGGACUAAAAAAGAGAGUUGUACAAGUCUGGUUUCAGAAUACAAGAGCUCGAGAAAGAAAAGGACAAUUCCGUGCUGUAGGUCCAGCUCAGUCUCAUAAAAGAUGUCCUUUUUGCCGAGCACUGUUUAAAGCAAAAUCUGCUCUAGAAAGUCAUAUUCGCUCUCGGCACUGGAAUGAAGGAAAACAAGCAGGUUAUAGUUUGCCACCAAGUCCUUUGAUAGCCAAUGAAGAUGGAGGAGAGAGCCCACACAAAUACAUGUUUUUUGAUUAUCCAUCGUUAUCAUUAACAAAGAUUGAUUUAUCGAGUGAAAAUGAAUUAGCUUCUACUGUCUCAACUCCAGUUAGUAAAACUGCAGAAAUGUCACCGAAGAAUCUUUUAAGCCCUUCUUCCUUCAAAGCAGAAUGCAAUGAAGACAUAGAGAAUCUGAACACAGCUCCUGCUGAUGGUGGGUAUGACCAGAAUAAAACUGACUUUGAUGAGACUUCAUCAAUUAACACAGCAAUCAGCGAUGCCACAACAGGAGAUGAAGGAAACAAUGAAAUGGAAAGUAUGACAGGUAGUUCAGGAGAUAUGAAAUCCACAUCCUCUCCUAAAGAGCCAAAAAAUGUUCUGAAUGACAGUUUGCCAAAAAACACAAACAUGCCUAAUAUGGAGAACAGCGAUGACAAAUUUCUAUUCUCCCUGACUAGCCCAUCAAUGCAUUACAGUGACAAAGAUAGUGAACUUGACCAAAGUGUUUACAUUACUGAUGACCCUGAUGAUAAUGCUGAUCGCAGUGAAACAUCAAGCAUAGCUGAUCCAAGUUCACCUAAUCCCUUUGGAGCAAGCAACCCUUUUAAAUCUAAAAACAGUGACCGGCCAGGUCACAAACGAUUUCGGACACAAAUGAGUAAUCUGCAGCUUAAGGUCUUGAAGGCUUGCUUUAGCGACUAUCGGACUCCAACCAUGCAAGAAUGUGAAAUGCUAGGGAACGAGAUUGGCCUGCCGAAACGUGUGGUUCAGGUUUGGUUUCAAAAUGCUCGAGCAAAAGAGAAGAAGUUCAAAAUUAACAUAGGAAAGCCAUUCAUAAUCAAUCAGAAUGCAACUGAUGGCUCAAGACCAGAGUGUUCACUAUGUGGGGUGAAGUAUUCUGCACGUUUAUCCGUAAGAGACCAUAUCUUUUCCAAACAACAUAUUUCAAAAGUUCGAGAAGCUGUGGGAAGCCAACUGGACCGGGAAAAAGACUACUUAGCUCCUACAACUGUUAGACAGCUGAUGGCACAGCAAGAAUUGGACCGUAUAAAGAAGGCUACAGAUGUUCUAGGCUUAACAGUACAGCAACCAGGCAUGAUGGAGAGCAGCUCACUUCAUGGAAUCGGUUUGCCAGCAGCUUACCCAGGACUCCCUGGCCUUCCUCCAGUUCUUCUGCCUGGAAUGAAUGGUCCAUCUUCCUUAACAGGAUUUCCUCAAAGUUCAAACACUUUAACACCUCCCAGUGCAAGCAUGCUUGGGUUUCCUACUUCAGCUACAUCGUCUCCUGCCCUCUCUCUCAGCAGUGCCCCUUCCAAACCUUUGCUGCAGACUCCACCGCCACCUCCUCCACCUCCUCCAUCCUCUUUGUCAGGACAGCAGACAGAGCAACAGAACAAAGAAUCUGAGAAAAAACAUAAACUACACAAGGUUAAAAAGAUCAAAGAGGAGGAAUUAGAGGCCAACAAACCUGAAAAACAUCCCAAAAAAGAGGAAAAAAUCUCAUCUGCU